AUGAUGGCUGUCGAAGCUGCUAGGCCUAAACAAUUCCCAUACUUCGAUCCCAUGACCAUGGAUUCCUCCUCCAUGUUCUCUUUCCCCGUUGAGAGUCUCCCCCACUACACGCAAGGACAUGAUGUAUCCCAUGCUUCCCAUUCCUACUACGAUACCCACCCUUUGUUGGAAUCCGCAGACCUGCAGAAGCCUACCUAUUUUUCUUCCAUACCUGCUACACCCCCUUCAAUCUCCGCCUCGCACUCCGCCUCUCACUCUACAGAGCCAUAUAUCCCCACUGGGUCUGCUGCCUCAGGGCAGUCAAUUCCUAGCGCAUCUUCUUCGGCUAUGGGGUCACCAUACUCAGGAACCGCCCAUGCAUUCCAGGAGAAUUGGGUGAAUACGAAUCACGGAUUGGGUUUACCAGCCGCAGUGAUGAACGAUCUUUUCUCCCAGGACUACAUGGGAAGCGCUUUGGACAUGGAUAUGCUCUACCAAGAAAAAUUCCCAGAUCCUUUCGUCGAUCCCUCAUUGAUUCAACCGGCGCAACAAGGCCCUGGAAUUACUCCGACUAUCUCAUAUCCUGACCAACCCGUUUCUUCCUACUCAACCGUGCCACCUAAUUACAUUUCUCACUCUCCCGCCCCGUCACCUCUCCCAUAUAAUGACAUUGCAGAGCACCACACCUCCCCCCGCUCACACCCAAUACAACACACUGGGCCAUCUCCACUCAUGGUUCCACACAGGUCACAUUCACGACCACUAUCGAUCUAUGAUCGGCGAUCGUCUAUUUCCUCAAUUCACUCCCGACGCUCGCAACACAGCCCGGCGCUGAGCAGCAUCGAGCCAGAUGAAGAGACAAAAGAUAAAGGCCGCUGUCUAUAUCCCGACUGUGGCAGAGUCUUCAAAGAUCUGAAGGCCCACAUGUUGACUCACCAGUCAGAGCGACCAGAGAAGUGCCCGAUCCUGAACUGCGAGUACCACAUCAAGGGCUUCGCUCGCAAGUAUGACAAGAACCGCCACACCCUGACCCACUACAAAGGAACAAUGGUGUGCGGUUUCUGUCCAGGCUCCGGAUCUCCCGCGGAAAAGAGCUUCAACCGCGCCGACGUCUUCAAGCGCCACCUAACCUCCGUCCACGGUGUGGAACAAACCCCACCAAACUGCCGGAAGCGCAGCCCUGGCGUAGCCAAGAAGGGUACCAACUAUAGUCCAGACGCAACAGGAAAGUGCUCAACCUGUUCAUCGACCUUCAGCAACGCCCAGGACUUCUACGAGCAUCUGGACGACUGCGUUCUCCGCGUCGUGCAGCAAGAAGAGCCUUCGGAGGCGAUCAAUCAGCAGCGUCUGGCAGAGGUUGCUUCGGAUGAUGAUGUCAAAAAGACCAUGGAAAAGCAUCAACUACACGACGUGGCUGGCCCGGUUGAUCAAUUCGACGAUUACGAAGAUCAAGAUGAAGACGAUACCCACGACCCCUCCAGCUGGCGCGGCCUGAAGACUAAGCCCAAAUCCUCAAAGGGAAACAUCCCCACCUCCCGCCCUAUCAUCGGUUCCGGGAAUGCCAUCUCCAAGAAUUCCUCCAAGGCUCCCCGUGCUGUUGCAACUCGUCGCCGCAAUAAUCGCGGAAACUACCCCAACUCCUGGGGCUGCCCCAGCAGCACCAUGAAGACCAAGAAGCGCGUGCUAUGUGUCUUUGAUGGCCGGCGCCGUCUGUGGAAAGAUGAGAUGAUGCUCAAUAAUGAGUUCGAGGUCCGUCUGAGACUCCCCGGUGGUGCUGGCGAUGGUACCAACCGCGAUGCCUACGUUACCGAUCUGGAUGUCGAGACGUUGAAGCGCGCUGAGGGUGUGCUCAAUGCUACCGAGGAGGAGCGUGGCCCUUGGUUGAAUGGUCCUUCGGCUCACAUCAUGGGUCAGCCGGCGAUGCUAUUGCCAGAACUAUGCCAGUCCCAUGAUGAUGAGCUUUCGAUCAAUGAAUUAAUGGCUUAA